AUGGCACGGCGGUCGCAUCGCCUGGUGCAAAUGUCGAUGUCUGCAAUGACUUUGGGCCCGGUGGCUCUUGUUGGUGCGGGGCCUGGUGAUCCGGAGCUGCUGACACUGCGCGCUGUGCGUCGUCUGGAGGCUGCUGACGUGGUGCUUCACGACAGCCUCAUCCCAGAAGAGGUCCUGAACAUGGUGCCCCGACGCGCGCAGCUGAUCAACGUGGGCAAGCGAUGUGGCGAUGUCAAGGACAGAGGCCUUCAGCAGCAGGAGAUCCAUGACUUGAUGCUGACGCACAGCCGACGUGGGUGCAACGUUGUUCGACUCAAAUGUGGCGAUCCCUUCAUAUUCGGCCGAGGGGGUGAGGAGGUGGAGUUCUUGGCAGCGAACCAUGUGCCCUGCGAGGUGGUGCCCGGCAUCACCAGCGCAUUGGGCGCUGCCGCGUCCUGCCAGGUUCCCCUGACCCAUCGGGGCUUCAACACCAACCAUCUCCACCUGUGCGUUGGGCAGAGCAAGGCCAAGGAGCUUGCAGAUAUGGACUGGGCGGAGAUGGCGAAGCGGGCGAUGCAGCAGACGGCCGUCUUCUACAUGGGCCUCAAGCUCCUGGACAAGAUCUGCACAACCCUGAGGGAGAAUGGCGCGCCGGCCGAGACACCCAUGAUGCUAGUCGAGUCUGCCACUUCUCCCACGGAGACGUCGCUGUACAGCACAUUGGGCGAGAUGCCUGCAGAAGUCAAAAAGCAGCAGUUUGGCAGCGGUGGGCCGGUCCUGAUCAUUUUAGGUCCUACUGCGGCCUUCCCUGCCCAUCUGGAGCGCCUGGCCAACGGCGAGGCCGCCGCCAAGCGGCGGAAGGUUGAUCAGCGCAGUGAUGUGCGCCACAACAAGAUGGCCGAAGCUUGCGAUGCGUAG